AUGGCUUCUCCAGUAACACCAGACGCCGCGUUGGCAGAUCUCCAAGCUACGGCGCUCACAGCGCGCUGUCACAAUGUAUUUUUUCGACAGAAGCAACUCAAGUCACUGCAUGAUGCGCUACGGAAGAAUGUGUCUUCAAUCAAAGACGCCAUUAAGCAGGAUACGCGGACAUCGGAUGCAGAAGCCACAACGGAAAUUGCUCUUGCCCUCGACAUCGUGAAAGAGCACCACACGUCCCUUAACUCGAAAAAGGAAUUGGAAGAGGAAUAUCGCAUUACAAACAAAAAAAAUGCCAGCGACAGAAGAGAGCCGUGGGGCGUUGUAUACAUUGAGCCUCAACAGAACCACACGCCAUUGUUCUCGGUCGUUGUGGCUGUUAGCGCAGCUUUGGCUGCCGGCAAUUGUGUUGCUCUGAAGCUCGAGAACAACCUUCGCGCUCUACCAAGUCUACUCCGCAAGCUACUCCCUGAAGCAAUCGAAGCUGAUACAUUCUCCAUUGUGUCCUCCGCUCCGUCCUCAGAAUCUAUAUCGCAAUGUCUGCAGGUCCUUCAAGAGACACAGGUCCCCGUACCCACGUACUCCCAGCUUGUUUCGCCCGCGGGAAAAACUAUUGCGGUGGUAGAUCGCACCGCAGACCUAGCAACAGCUGCUGAGCAGCUAGUAGCCUCACGCUUUGCUUUUGGUGGAACAUCGCCGUACGCCCCAGACUUGGUGCUAGUGAAUGAAUUCAUUAAGAAGGAUUUCCUAGAACUUGCUUUGAAGCAAUCUAUCCGCUAUCUAUCCGGAUCCGAUGACGUUGCAGCAAACGGAUCGACCAAGUCAUCACAGAAACCCGCCUCACGAGUAGCAGAUGCCUUUAAAACCCUACAAGACAGCAAGUCAUGGAAACUUAGAGUGAUCACUCAAGGAGACAAUGGCGCCGUAGUUGAGCUCGCCAACCUCUCCUCGCUGCCACCGAAGGUUACCCAGCCCUUGUUCUGUAUCUCGGCCAUCACAUCUCUGGAGCACGCGAUCAGUCUUGUAGACGAAGACCUCGAGCCAUCGCAAACUCUUUCCGCGGCAUACCACUUCGGCACUCCCGCAUCAGGCAAAUACCUGUCCCAGUUCAUCAACGCAGACGCUUCGUUCAUAAACCAUGUUCCCUACCGACUCCUGCUAGGUCCAGCCACUCCAUCUUUCCAACAUAUCGAUAUCGAGGCGCGAUACACUCCUCUUCACUUCACACGGGCAUCACCAGCAUACAUUUCGCCAUCGUCGACACAAACGGCAAUGGAGAAAGCCGUGGCAGGCAAAGAAACACGCAAAGCAGCUGCGGAUCUACUGGCCAAGGCGUCUCAAGAAAUCAAAGAAAACAAGAGGGCGGAAUCAAUAGCUAUCGGCUAUUUUGAGCAGGGCAUCUUCAUUGGUUUGGGUGUGUAUGGUAUACCAUUGUUGAGUUGCAUUGGAGCGACGCUGUUCUUUGGUAUUAGAGCUGGCUUGAGGAGAUGGGUGUUUGCUUAG